CGUCAUAUGGUUGACGUGUGUAAAAGGGGAGGAUCGGCACUGCACCUUUACAUACACACACACACACAGAGGCAGUCAGUCUGUCUGUCCAUUAUACACGCAAAGAGAACACACCUCUCAUUGAUAAAGGUCACCAAACUGUCAUCUCUGCGCAGCCGCCUAUCGCAGCUGGAGACCAAGUCUUUUCUUCUUCACGUUACCAUAAUAGGAACAGAUGGAUGUGUGUAUGCGCCUAAGGCCUUCAGGUGACCGAGUCAGUCACAAAAGGCGGCCGAAGUGGCGCAUGUACUUGGUAUACCACGCUACACUACGCUACACUGCACUACGUACUACAUGCCGCGCAACACGACACCACACAGCACACGGACGCGUCCAUUACACAUCGCGUCUACGGCUAGAUUCACGCGCAUAGCCUCUCCCUCACUCACUCACUCACUCACAGCACGAAAGAGGACAGUGCAAACCGCCACACAAACAAUACUCUCGACUGCGGCACUUCUGGCUGAUUAGAUGAGACCCCAUCGUCAAUCAGUUGCCGAAUGUGACUGCCACUCGAUGAGACCGCUUCUGGCCAAUAGAUCACCAUCAAUCAUCAUUCUCGGCAGCCAUGGCGACCAAGGCGUCAUAGACGGCCUCGGCCGACACCGACAAUGCCACGCUGUCGUUGCCCUCAUGGUCCGUGCUGAGCCGAUGCCAAUCGACUCGCGUGAGGUGGCUGGGGGGCGUCAGGGCGGCCGUGUGGGAGUCGACCGGCUGUAAUUGGGUCGAGCCAACGGGCGACGCAGCGCCACCCAUCGGCAUGUCCUCUGCUGCAUGGCCAGAUGGCGUCUCGACCACGGUGGGCGCGAGGCUCGCGAGGACCUCCGGGAUGUCCUCCUGCAUCCAACGAACAACACAGAAGAGCAUAGCACACUCACACAUACACUGGCCUAUAUCGCUCUCACCGACCGGUGGGCUGCCCUUCUCGAUGAGUGUUCGUUUGGCCUUGCGGAACGCCUCAUAGAGCCCCCGCCAGCCGCCGGUGUGCUGCCGAUGGUGUGUCGACGCCUCGAUGUCGGCCUUCUCUAAAUCACUGCCGUCGGCCGUGUGGCUGAGGGCCACCUGGUGCGUCUGCUCUCUGCUGACAAGCUCGUCCACCACAUAGCACAAGUUUGCCUGCAGGUCCUGCAAUGUGAUGCCCUCAGACACGUCCGAGAGCUCCGACUGCCCAUUCGACGUCUUGUCGGCCUCCAAUCGAGUCGACACUGCAAACAUCACCAUCUCGUGUGUGCGUGUGUCAUACAUAUCGUGAUCAAGACAGUCAGCUGACCCUUGUCGGAGUGCUGGUUGUGGAAUACAUUGGAGAGGUCGGCAGUCCGCAUGUCCCGCAAUUUCUGCCCAGCCAAACAAAGACACAUGCAGAAAAGGAUACAUACGCACCGCGGACAGGAGCACUUGGAUCCUCCCUUGUUGUGUUGCUUACGGUGGCGCUGCUGUCGUCGGGUUUGGGCAGAUGGACGACCACCUCGCCUUGUCGACGGCUGCGCGCCCCUACUCGGCUUUGCCGCAGGCUCUGCACCAGGAAGGCAUGGCUCCACAGAAACUCGUUGCUGACCAACCAAACCACGCGACACACACAAACACAGGAGGUAUUGAUGUCUGUGUGUCCUUUGUGUGUGUGCUUACAAGUCGCCGGGCACGUGUGUGACUUUGAGUCUCUCAAUGGCGUCCUUCACGGCGGCUGACGUCAGGUCCAUGGCCGCCACAACACGAUUCACCGGCCGCCCGACAAAGGGACGGCACCGCACUGAUGUAGCAGCGGGGGGCCCAUCGCCAGAGAGGGCGGCGCUGGACCAGUCAUAGAAGACCUUUGGCGAGACGCGCCGUUUCUCCUCCUCUCUGUGGAUCAGCCACGACACUAACAGCCCCAUCCCACAACCGGACAUCACACGAGCUGAAUCAAACGACACACGACAACAUAAGCAGACAGAUGGGACCAAAGAUGCUGAUUCUGUGCCGUCCAUACUGCCCACCGAAAGCCUUGUUGCGGUCGGUGAGUGCCGUGUAUCGGUAGCCCACUUGCAGCAGACCAUACCGACAUAUCUGCGCCGCCAGCACGACAUAGUGCACCAAGUUGGCCACAAUGACUACCACCACGAGGACGAUCGUCAGCUCCGGAGAGGUCCCCUUGGGCAGCAUGACCACAAAUGACAUAACGAACAGCGACAUUAGCCACACCAGCAGCCCACGCGUCUCCGUCCGAUUCAAUAUGUCCAUACUGCCUCGGUCGAACGGCCACACGGUCAGCUGCAGCGCCAGACACACAGCGGCUACCACCGUCCAGCCCAGCAGCUGUUGGCGGGGCUGAGCCGUUGCCUGCUGUGCGAUUAACAACACCAAAACACGCCUCAUGGCAAGGACAGCGUCCCAGUGGUAGAAGCUGUUGCGAUAGCCGGCAUACAGAAAGCCGACCCUUCUUCGCAUGCGAUACUUCUGCAGGCCCUCUCUAUGCCGCCACAGAAACGCCACGCCACACACCACUGGGGCGAAUGUCCACAGCAGUAGACCAGCCACGGCAAUCCACAGAGAAGGGGCGUGCUCGGCCGAUCGACAGAUGACAUGAGAGUCGAGGUCCAUCCGGGGCCGCAUGUCAUCCAUCGGGUCAGUAGGCAGCAGACUGACACUCUCUCCCGUCGCGAUAUGUAUGACGUCGUCCACAUAGGGAUACCAUCGGCACCGCAGGAGGGCCAGCAUGCUCUUGGUGACGGUGGGAUGGAUGAAAGUAAGAAUGACGACCAUCAUCGUGCCUCGGUUGUCAAGCCACUGCCGCCAUCGGCCGUUCUUGUGGGGCUCCGCUAGGGAAGACUGGCAGGAGGGCGGCGUCACUGGCUCGGUUCGUGAGUCCUUCUGGAAGGUGACCGAUCGCUGGUGCGGCCCGUGUGCGGCAGGCGUGUCUGUCUUGCCAUUGGUCACGGAUGGGGGCGCCGACAGGGCUCGGAGGUAGGUGUCGGUGUCCAAUGAGGUCGACUCGUCGCUGGCAAUGUGCCGUUUCGACUUCAACGCAUUACGAACUCGGUCAAAUCCACUCGCUGCAAACACGUAACGAUCAAGCCAGUAACGAUUACAAUUCAUUGCUUUCUGGAGAACGUGUGUGUAUGUGCUCACCGAUGAGGGGCGCAAUGGUUACCCAGACGAUGGGUAGCGCCAGCCAGAUGGCAUGCCGAUACAGCACGCAUUUGUCGCCCACAUAUGGCCUCAGCAGACAUUCCCAUAUCUGGUAGCUCUGAGGGACGCCGCCACUCCAUGCGAAGAAUGAGCCGACCAGUGAGGAUAUCUCAUCGCCCCAGAGGGACUCGUCGAACACGAGAAAGGCCAAACCACACACAUGCACUCACAUACGGCAACAACAUACAGACGAUGGAAGGAGAGUGCACACGUCUGUCUUUCCUCUUACUGCGGUGAUGUGUGAGAGUCCGAUUUUGAUCAGCUGCGAGGGCACCUCAGCGCGCAGGGACGCCGCCGCCCUGAACACAGACACACAGACAGAACGGACACAGAUGUCCAUUGAAUGUAUGAGAGACACACGGCUACUUGCUGACCUUUCCGCAAGUGCGGUGAGUACGAAGAUGGCCAUCAGAGUGGAGAGAACGAGCAGGACGUUGACAACAACGAUCUGCCACAGCGAGGCACAUUGGGUGCACGGCUGCUGGGGGGUUUGGCGUGAGAAUCCUUCUUUGCACCGGUUGCACACGAAACCCUCAUGCCCAUCCUGUGACAAGUGGACAAAACGGAUAUACAUGAAACGCGGAUGCAAAGUCAGGCUCUCACCGAGCAUAUGUUCAGUCCAUUCCUCUUGCUGGUGCCUUUGCAGGACGACGGCAACGGGCAGCGCAUCACUAUAGGCAGCAAAGUCAUACCGCCACCAUAUCUGUAAAACACAAGCACCACACCAAAAUCCCGCUCACUUCCCUUUUCUUCGGCACUCUCAUUUCAUUCUUACGUUGUCACUUCUUGAGUGGCGUUGUCGGAUGAGCCAUAUGAUCGCAGCUUGACAGUGAGCUGGAAGAAGCCCGGCAGUACACUCGCAUUGUAGUUGACAGGCACCGUACAAUCAACACCCGACAAACAGUCCUGACAAAUCCACCUGCCGCGACUGUCGCCACUGCCGCUCUUGCGCACUCCAGCAGACCCCGCUGUGCACGGCUCGCAUGGCUCGUUGCCUCGCUUCUCGUAGCCAAGGCGGCAGUAACAGGCAGUUGAGCCCUCAUCAGAACCUGCCGACAGACACAUAUAGUUGGAAGGCGUGUUAAUGCAGUGUUCGUUUUCCUGCUGACCUGCAUCAUCGGGGCAUGGUUUGCACGAUUGUGUGCCAACUUGUCUGUUGCUGUAUGUGCCAGGGGGGCACUUAGUGCAGUUGAUGCCGGUGCCCUCGUAGCCGGGCAGGCAGCGACACAGCGCAUCUGAGUCGAAGCUGUAGUCGACCUAUAUGUAGGCGAAGAGCAGAGUAAAUGCAUCGGCCUGCGUCUUUAGCUUGGUUGAUCCUGACCUCUAGUUGGCCGAGUACAGCGCAUAUCUCCGUGCACUCAAAACGCUGCUCACCGUCCAAAGUACGUGGCGAAUAUCCUGCACCAGCCAGACAGAGGGCCCACGCGUGAAUGUGAAUGUAUCUUUGUGAUUUUAUCUGUUUACCCUGAGGAUCGGGCACGAGUGACGCGACAAAGCCAAAGAUAGGGCUUAGCGGGUCGUUGUCAAACACACGGCACCGAUCAGAUCCUGUUGUUUGACCUAUAUACCUGUUUCGACGUAUAUCCUGACAUUUCUGAAAAUGUAAGCACACAUUCAAAGACACACGCCAAAAGACAAACAGGAGAAUACAUAGAUCACAACGGCCGCCAUAUGUGCGCUUCACUUGUACCUCGAUCGGUGUGAGGCUGAUGCAUGCUGGAAUCUGCCCACUUUUUAGGUCCGGGUUCUGUGUCAAUCUUAUAAAGAAAGACCAGAAGAACUGACGUAAGCUCUGUAUUCUCUUCAACGAGUUGUUGCCGAAGUCGACAGAAACUAGCGCCCUGUCCCCGAGGCGCCUCAUGUCAAUGGUGGUGAUAUUGUUGUGCUGGAAGCGCAUUUGUUCCAGUAUCGGCAUUGCCUGUAUAGGCGAGAACACUGGCAGGUCUGGCAUCUGUAUAGUAUAGACAAUGAGGGUGUGCUUAUAAGUAUUUCUACGUUUGAGCGGCUGUGUGUGUGUACCAGGAAGGAUUGGACUGCCAUGAACUGCUCCAAAACCUCACGGUUGAAUACAAAGAAUGCCUCACAGCGUAUCUCGCCGUAGAGGUCACAAUUCGAUGCAUCCAGCGUCGUCAAACUGUCAUACACGUGAGAGGCAGGGCAGAAACACAUCCUGCAAUCAAUGAUGCUCACUUACUUGCUCUGCCAUUUGAGGCGCAUAAAAAACUCGGUCGCGUCGACAUUGAUAGGAUUGUUGGACACAUUCAGCUCGCGCAGGCUGCCCCAGUCGGGCGGGGGCAGGGAGAGGCUUGAAUUAAGCAUAUCGAUCACCAGACCCGACACAUUUGAGAUGAGAAAGCCGCUCAACGCUGUCCUCAGCCCUAUCAGUUCAUCACAUACACAUACAAGGAACACAUCCAUGCGAAUGUGUAGUGUCCCACCUUCAUUUAUGAAGUCCACAGAGCAGAGGCCUUGCCGUGUGAAGCCCGAUUUAGGCCACCGACUAAUGUGGUUGUUGGCGAGAUUGAGAUACGCUAAGUUGGGCAUGAAGUGGAAAAUCUUCGGUAUGGCCUCUAGCAGGUUGUCUUGCAAAUGCAACCAACGCAACCUUACACCCAAAUGCACUCUUUGAUUUGUCAGUCUACGGCACAUAUGUAAACAUCUCACUAACCAAUGGGGAAUAUCACCGGUGAAUCUCGUAAUGAGGUUGUUGCUGAGCGAGGCGUUCGUCAGGUUGGGGAAGAAAGACAGAUCGAUGGACUCUUUCACACGAUUAAAUGACAGAUCCAACAACUCAAUGCUCUCAUACUCUGCAUUGUCCAUCCAACCGAUCAGUCUGACGAGUGACAAGCGCAGUCAUUAGUUGCACAGCAUAUGUGAAGGAUACAGUGCUCCUCACCGGUUGUGAGAUGCAUAGAGUUCGAUGAGAUUCUGCCAAGUUGAGGGGCCAGUGGGUAAAGCACCGUUAAACUGUAACGUAAGAAUAUGUAUAAAUUCCGAUUCACAUUAUACAUCAUCGUAGUCACCAAAUUGUCAUCAACUGAUAGUCGUCGGAGCGAUGUGAGCUUACUUAGCAGCUCCAGAGUGCCGCGAAAACUGUUGCCUCUCAAACUGAGUUCCUCAAUCGAGUGCCACCCCUUCAGCGUAUCCGGGAGGAGGCCAGAAAGCUAUGCAUACCAGCAUGGACGGACAGAAUAAUACGUAAGAUAUAAUAUCAAGUGUCUACAUCGGCACAUACCUGAUUGCCAGUAAGAUUCAGCAUGCGCAGUUUGACCAGCUGCCCCAGUUCUAAUGGGAGGGAGCCGGUGAGGCCUGAGAAUUCUGCAAUCAAUCGCGUCAAGUUGCCCGCAUUUCCAAGGGAGGGCGGCAAUGGACCGGAAAACUGAGAAAAAAUACGCACAGCCACAUAGCAGUAGUGGGUAUGUGUUCCAUUAUUUUCUCUUGCAUUUCUCUUGGUAAUGUUGUUGUAAGAGAUAUUAAGGCUAUCCAAGCCGUCCAUCUCGGUGCCGAGUCCGUGUGGCAACGGGCCACUGAACGCAUUGUCACUCACAUCUAGCAUCCGCAGCCGCCUCAGCUGUGCCAAUGAUUUAGGCAGCUCCCCAUGCAGCUCAUUUCUUCUCACAUCCAGUUCGCUCAAUCGAGAGAGGGCGUCCAAAUCGUCAGGCAGAGAACCCGUCAGGCCGAUUCCGUUGAGCUUCAGUCGGGUCAGAUUGCGGCAAGACGUCAAAGUCGCCGGAAACGGCCCUUCCAUUUGCUUGUUAUUCUGGAUGUCUAAAAUGCGAAGGCGCUGAAGGCUGCCGAUGUCUUCAGGUAUGGCCCCUGAUAGGUCUGUUUGGCUGAGUGAUAGAGCCUCGAGGCGUGAUAGGUUGGUUAGGAAGGGAGGAAUGGGACCCCUUAGUGAAUUCGCGCCCGAAAUGUAUAGGCCCUUCAGAUAAGGCAGGUCGCCAAUUGUACUUGGAAUCGUGCUGGAUUCCUGAAAGAAAUAUACAGAUGAGCAUGUGUGUGUGUGUGUGUGUGUGUGUGUCAAUGAUGAAUCAAUUCUAAAAAUCAGCUUACCAUUACUGCCCAUAUGGAUAUGCGCAGAGAGGUCAUUUUGGCGAUAUCAUCAUGUAAGCCCCCCUCCACGGGCCCAAUGAAACCCGCUGCAUGACGCAGCCGAUAAAACGAUUCCGAAAAAGAAAAGACCGGAGGCCUGCGGGGGCCGGAACUGAGGGGGAUGAGACUGUGACUGAUAAAGAUGAUGUAGCCCUCGCUCAGCCGCACACAUGUGAUGAAGGGCACGAUGCACAGGUUGUCAUCGAAGAUGGACUUGGUCUCAUUGUCCGCCAAUCCAGACUCGUAAUACCAAUCGAACAGAGCCGCCGCAUCCUCCUGACAUGCAUCGCACCGCUCCAGCUCCUCCAUCUCGGUGUAUGGAAGGACGUUGUCGCCUCGCAGCACUACUCCGCCUCCGCCAUUUGGAACCUCCACGUCAGCCGAGGCGAAGGGGGGUAAGAUUGAGAGCCCCCCUUCUAUCCCGGGGCCUUCUAUGCGGAAGCCAAACGUCUGAUUGAAGCCAAACGUCUGAUUGGCUCGCUGAAGGCUUCGCUGGAAGGGCGAGGACGCAACCAGCGACGAUGAGAGGCAGAUAAAGACGAAGGACGGAAGAGUCGCUAUGUGAUGAAAGGCACUCAUCGACUCAAGCAUAGCUGCAAUCACAUUUG